AUGAACUUGUUCAUUGGUCUAGAAAAUGCAGAUGUGAUCCAUGUUUACGCGGUAGAGGGUGGUUUGUGCAAUCGCAUAGGUUUUGACCAGAAUUCAAGCAAUUCAUCCAUUCCCAUUGGCAGUGUAGUUGAAACAACGAGUAUUAAAAGCUGUGACAAUUUGUUAACGCUUAAGCUUUUAUGUAUUCGAUCAAGCAAGUCAUCAAUGUUGGAAAACACAAUAUCUGUCCAGAAUACAUCGAAUCGGGUAUCUGAGGUUGCAGUGCGUAGCCAGUCACGUCUUGAUGGCAAUCACCAUCGAUGUCUUUCUUUGAAACGCAAAAUAUAUAUUUUAUACCCAAUCGCCUGUUAA